AUGGAAGAUUGCAUAGCAAGAGAACCGAAAAGAGCUUUGAAAGGAAAAGUCAAAAAAAUAAUCGAUCUAGUUGCACGGUAUUUAGAAUGUAGCCCAGCAGAGCUAGAUGCAGAAAGAGAAAAGGCCGGAUAUAGCAAUGUUGUAUAUAAAGUUUCACAUGGAGACACGAAAUAUCUUUAUAAAGAAUAUUUGGCAAACAGCAGGGAUAUAAAGGAGCUGCAGUGGCAGUUAUUUUUUAAAAGCCCAAGGAUCCUUUAUGAGUGCAAAAACUAUCGCAUUGAUGAAUACAUCGACCAUGUGGCUCUGACUAAGUCCUUAUUUAAAGAAGAAAACGUCCUUAUUAGCCUAGCAAAAGCACUAGCUUGUAUACACUCAGAGAAAAGAGAACUGCCCUCUGCUGAAAUGGAUAUUUUCUAUCUGGACAGAAUGGUCCAGGAAAGAGAGAGCCUGAACAGUAAGAUAAAGUUUGUUCGCUUUAUGCAGAUAUGCAAAAAGAUAGAGAAAAAGAUCGAUCAGCUCUAUAGUGAAAGCCUUUUCAAAGACGAUCUGUGUCUUUGCCAUAACGACCUGCAGUUUGGAAAUAUUCUAAUUCUGCCUGAAAAAGAGGCAAAGAUCAUUGACUUUGAGCAUGUCUCCAGAAAUAUUCCAACAGUAGAGAUUGCAAACCUUUUCAAUGAAGCCUCGACUAAUUACGCAGUCCGGGGAGCACCACUGGCAAAGAAGCAGCACUUUAUACAAUCUGAAAGCGCAAAGAUAUUUGUGAAGGAGUAUCUUAGACAAAGGAGUAAUACAAUCUCAGUAGGAAAGUUUCUGCAAGAAGUUGAGAAGAUGCAGUGUAUUCCGCACUACUAUUGGUUUAUAUGGGCUAUUCAGAUGCUUUUAACGAAUAAGGAAAAAGGUUCCUUGGACUAUUUCUCAUUCGCCAUGAACAGGCUGCAGUACCUGCAUAGAGAGAACUUCAUAACCAAAAAUAAUUUUAAGGAGAUGCAAUGCAUUAUUAGAAACAGCCAGUAG